UCUCUUGUUUUGUGCUUCUAUUCUGCUUUAUUAUUAUUAUAUACCACUCAGGGCUCCAAGCAACAAUGCGUGCGGCGGUCCCGUCCCUCUUCUCCUCCGUCAACCCCCUUCCGGCCUCUUCCGCUAGAUCCAAGCCCCUCUCUGUAUCAGCGAGGAUAGCAGACACUGAGAGCUCCAGGUCCAUGGCUGCCAAGUGGGCUCAAAAGACUGUAGUUUUCCCUCCUCAGAAGCGUGGAUGUCAUCUUGUUACCCCCAAGAUAUUGAGGGAGAUUGAGCAAGAUUUAUCAGAAUUCAAGUGUGGUCUUGCUCAUCUUUUCUUGCAGCAUACAAGUGCUUCUCUGACCAUAAAUGAGAAUUAUGAUUCUGAUGUUCAGGAGGACACUGAAACAUUCCUAAGCCGUGUUGUUCCAGAGGGUCGCUCUGCACCUUGGAAGCAUACGUUAGAAGGUCCUGAUGAUAUGCCAGCACACAUCAAAUCCUCAAUGUUUGGUUGCGCCCUCACGAUUCCAAUUACAGAUGGGCGCCUUAACAUGGGAACUUGGCAGGGAAUAUGGCUGUGUGAGCACAGAGACCAUGCUACCGCUCGCAAAAUUGUGGUUACUCUCAACGGCAUUUGAAUGCUCAAUUACUUGGGAACAUAAAUGUAAUGCGAAAACUCCUCAGACUUGGGGAUUAUGCAUUAACUAUUGGGAUCAUAUGCCCAAAUCUUUUGUUCUUGUACAUGGUAAAGUGAACUAUCAUGAAGCUUAACAGUUGAUGCAUCCAGUCCAGCAGUCCUACAAUGAAUGAAUUGGUUCGUCUCAGUAUAUCUUUAUUGUCUGUGUGCACUCCAAAGAUCACACAAACUGUUUUACUGUUUUGUUCUACAAAUAUAUAUUAUCGCUUUCCUGCUGAGCUAUUCUGAUGGUGAUAAAUUAUAAAAUUUCUACAACUUCUGUCAA